AUGUCUGCCUUCCUUCAUUCUUUCUUUGUUUUUCAUUCUUUUCUUUGUUUCUUUCUUUCAUUCUUUCUUUUUCUUUCUUUCUUUCUUUCUUUCUUUCUUUCUUUCUUCUGUUUUUCUUUCUUUCUUUCUUUCUUCUGUUUUUCUUUCUUUCUUUCUUUCUUUCUAGGUUUUGCUUUUCUUUCUUUCUUUCUUUCUUUCUUUCUUUCUUCUGUUUUUCUUUCUUUCUUUCUUUCUUUCUUUCUUCUUUUUUUCUUUCUUUCUUUCUUUCUUCUGUUUUUCUUUCUUUCUUUCUUUCUAGGUUUUGCUUUUCUUUCUUUCUUUCUUUCUUUCUUCUGUUUUUCUUUCUUUCUUUCUUUCUUCUGUUUUUCUUUCUUUCUUUCUUUCUUUCUUCUGUUUUUCUUUCUUUCUUUCUUUCUUCUGUUUUUCUUUCUUUCUUUCUUUCUUUCUAGUUUUUCUUUCAUUCUUUCUUUUCUUUUCUUUCUUUUGCUUUUCAUUCUUUUCUCUUCCUUUCUUUAUUCCUUUUAUUUCCUUCUUUUCUUUGUUUCUUUAAGUUUUCUUUCUUUCUUUUAUUUCUUUCUUUUUUUUCUUUAA